UCUUCGGUUUGGCGCGAAUUUCUCACUGCUCAAAAAAGGUUACCAUCGCCGUCUGCGUCUGUUCCUUCUUGUUCGUCUUUUUCGCCAAAACUCUCACCAUGCCCACCACCCUCUCUCUUUUGCAAUUGAGCAGGUCCCCUCCAUCUCCCCCCUCUCUAUUCUCGGCUGCGGAAUCCGUUCACCUCGGAAUCCGCCAUGGAAGGAUGUAUAGAAUAAUAUCCACGCCGGCCCAUAAAUUCCGCCAAUUUGGGCGACUCCAAGUGAAGCCCUCCGGCGCCACCACCGAAGAGGAACACGCCCACCUCAUCCUAUGGCGUCACCAGAUCCUCGACCCCGACAGCGACAUUGUGGCACGUUGGAACAGGAUCUUCCUUGUCACCAGUCUCAUCGCGCUUUUCAUAGACCCUCUUUACUUAUAUCUGCCUUCCAUCGGAGGCCCCGGUUGCUUGCAAACCAAUACAAAAUUGAGCAUCAUCGUCACUCUUCUGCGCUCCUUCUCGGACCUUUUCUACGUGCUCCACAUGAUCAUGAAAUUUCGGACUGCCUUCGUGGCCCCAAAUUCUAGGAUUUUUGGUCGGGGUGAGUUGGUUACCGAUGCCCGAGAAAUUGCCAGACGCUACAUGAAGUCUGAUUUUGUCAUCGAUCUCGCCGCGACGCUCCCACUGCCCCAGAUUGUCAUUUGGCUAGUUAUUCCAACGUCCUCAGCUGACCAUGCCCACAUCACUCUGGCUCUUUUCGUGCUCAUUCAGUAUGUUCCUCGACUGUUUCUGAUCUUCCCGUUGAACAAGCGCAUUGUCAAAACCUCUGGUGUUGUUGCCAAGACUCCCUGGACUGGAGCUGCAUAUAAUCUUCUACUCUACAUGCUAGCUAGUCAUGUUACCGGAGCAACUUGGUAUCUGUCUGCAAUAGCACGACAAUUGAAUUGUUGGACUGAAGAGUGCAGAGCUGAGAACGAAUUACAAACCCUGUCUUGCCUAAUAAGUUAUCUUGAUUGUGGAACUUUGAACAACCCUGAUAGGCAAUACUGGCUAAAUGUCACCAACGUUGUUAAAAGUUGCGAUGUGAAGAGCGGGAAUAACAAAUAUUCAUUUGGGAUGUUUCAAGCUGCUUUUAGGAAGGCAGUUGCUACUGGCAGUUUCAGUGAGAGAUACUUUUAUUGUCUUUGGUGGGGUAUAAGAAAUUUAAGUUCAUAUGGACAGAACUUGGACACCACUGUAUUCAUCGGGGAGACCCUUUUUUCCAUCAUCCUAUGCGUUGUUGGACUAGUGCUCUUUGCACUUUUGAUUGGGAACAUGCAGACAUACUUAGAGUCAAUGUCAGCAAGACUUGAAGAAUGGAGGAUUAGGAAGAGAGAUACAGAUGAAUGGAUGAGGCAUCGCCAGUUGCCUCCAGAUUUGCAGGAACGUGUCCGUCGCUUUGGUCAAUAUAAAUGGCUCGCAACAAGAGGAGUUGAUGAGAAAUCCAUAUUGCUUUCACUACCUUUAGAUCUACGUCGUGAAAUCCAACGCCACCUGUGUCUUGCUCUUGUUCGGCGUGUCCCUUUCUUUUCACAGAUGGACGAUCAGCUCCUUGAUGCCAUCUGUGAACACCUUGUCUCGUCCCUAAGCACUGAAGGCACCUACAUUUUUCGAGAGGGUGAUCCCGUAAAUGAAAUGGUGUUCAUUAUUAGAGGACAACUGGAGAGCUCCACUACCAAUGGAGGAAGGUCGGGCUUCUUCAAUUCUAUUACCCUCAGACCUGGAGAUUUCUGUGGCGAGGAACUAUUGACAUGGGCCUUAAUGCCAAACUCUAGCUCAAACCUACCUUCUUCAACUCGAACUGUCAGGGCUCUCACCGAAGUCGAAGCUUUUGCGUUACAGGCGGAGGAUCUCAAAGCUGUGGCGGCUCAGUUCAAGCGCCUCCAUAGCAAGAAACUUCAACAUGCUUUUAGGUAUUAUUCCCAUCAAUGGAGGGCGUGGGCAGCUUGCUUGAUAGAGGCUGCUUGGAGAAGGUACAAGAAACGCAAGGCGUCUAGAGAGUUGUCGCUGAAAGAGAGCCUUUACUACAUGGCAAAACCAGAGGGAGAAACUAGUUACAGCGACAUGCUUGAUGUUGAUUUGGAGGACUCAUCAAGGGACGCCGCAAGUAAUAGAACUCAAGCUCUUGGUGCUACUGUUAUGGCCUCCACCUUCGCUGCAAAUGCAAGGAAAGGCACUAAUGCUGGCCGUAAAUCUCAGGGCGGUGAUCCUGUACCCCAAUUGUUUAAGCCUGAUGAACCUGAUUUCUCUGUGUUAUAGCAAGCAAACUUGUUAACGUACAGCUAGGAAAUGACUUGGAUGCAAAGUUAUUAAAAAAUUUUUGACUCUCCUGUAAAUGUGUGUAUUCAUAUGG